AAAUGCUCGAGAAUAAACAAUCUAUUUCGUUCACCUUUUCGUCAUUGGAAUGAUGCUGUAGGUACAUUUAGGCGACAUGCUGGAAAUUGUAAGGGGGAAAAAAUGGGACUACAUGCAUCUACUUCUCCAAUUUUGAAUAAUAUAUGCUCUCAAAUGUCAGGUGUAGCUCAACCCAUUGAAAAUAUCUUAGAUACUAACAUAAAACUUGAAAUUGAGCAAAAUAGGAAAAUUCUUAAACAAAUUGUUGAUACAGUUCUUUUUUGUGGAAGGCUUGGCAUUGGAUUACGAGGUCAUCGUGACGAUGCUCAAUUUCACCCAGAGGUCGGUUGCUAUUCAGUCAAUGGCAAUGUUGGUAAUUUUGUUGAAUCUUUAAAUUUUAGAGUUAGAGCUGGUGAUCAAACUUUGGAAAAUCAUUUGCUCAAAUGUGGCAAGAAUAAAAGUUAUAUUUCCAAGACCAGCCAAAACAAAAUCAUCAACUGUAUUGGUCAGGUAAUAUCAGAAGAUAUUAUAAACGAGAUAAAAAAAAAUAGAUAUUAUUCUAUCAUUGCAGAUGAAGCUGCUGAUUCUUCUCACAAAGAGCAAUUGUCCCUUGUUCUACGCUGCCAAUUUUAUCAACAUAUCACAGACACGCAACAUACCCUUUGCUGAGCACGUUAAAAAGUCAGAUGUUCAGACCAAGAAGGCAAAACUGGUAAGUCUUUGUAAAACCAGAUGGGUUGAGCGAGUUGACAGUCUUGACACGUUUCAACAGUUGUUUAUCCCUUUAAUCGACACUCUUCAGGACAUGAUAAACAAUGUAAGCGGCGAGGUGAAGCCUUCCCUUGCUGCUGAUGCUUCCCAGUUACUUUCAUUAGUUACUCAAUUUCAUUUUAUUGUUGCGCUAGUUAUUACAAGAAAUAUUCUUGAUGCUACUCUUCCAGUCACGCAAUUGUUGC